AAAAAAAAUAGAUAGUUGAAUGACCAAAGCAUUGAGCUUUUAUGGUGUGUCGUUUUUAUCAAUCCUAUUCUGUUCGGUCAACAUUGUUUACUCAGAGAUAAUGGAUACAUGAUGUGCCACAUAAUAAUGCAGGUUCACUUUCUGAGCAUUGUUUAAACAUAUUGUGAUAUAGUUGUGUCAGCAGUAUACGGGCCAAACGAACUUCAGAAUGGAAGACAAACCAGCUCCCCUCCUGGGUGAUAUGGUAAUAAAUGGCUUCAGAUGGCCGCCAAUGGCGUGUGAUGACAUGCCAGAAGAAUUGAGAAAGUUUAAGGUCAGACAUGAUGAUGUGUUUAUCGUCACAUACCCUAAGUCCGGAACCCAUUGGAUGACAGAAAUUAUGAAGAAUAUUGUUUGUGGGGGAGACCUGGAAAAGGUUAAGGAAUAUGGCCAUACUAUUCCUUUAGAAUUCUUCAAUUUAUUCAAAAAAUAUGACAGCUUCCCGACAGAUAAGCCGAGAGUCAUGAUGACACAUGUUCCCGUAGAUAUCCUACCAAAAGAAGUGUUUGAGGGUAAAGGAAAGGUUGUGUACGUUGGGCGAAAUCCAAAAGAUACAGCUGUAUCCUACUGGCAUUUUUUGAAAGAGCGACGAUACCUGGAAGAGUAUGAGAAAUGGGAGAACUUUCUAGCAGCAUUUUUGAAACCUGACAUGAUGUGUGGAUCUUGCUAUGGAAAAAUAGAAAUUGGUUUCAUCAUUAUUUCAGUGAUGUGUGGAUCUUGGUUUGAUAUCAACCUGAAAUACUAUGAACACCGUGAUGCGAAGAAUUUCUUGUUCUUAACUUACGAAGAAAUAAAACUCGAUCACAAAGGAUGUGUUAUUCAGCUUUGUGAUUUCGUUUCUCGUCACAUGACGGAUGAACAAGUUGACCUAAUUGUGAAUAAUACAACAUUUUCCAGCAUGAAAUCGAUAUUUACUGGUGAAUUACCGGUUGACUUGAAUAAACAGCUUGAAAACCUUCCUAAACUAGAAGCCAUAGGUGAUCCAAAUCAGAAGUUUAGCGUUUUGAGAAAAGGUGUUGUCGGUGAUUGGAAGACACAGUUUACCGUCGCUCAAAAUGAGUUAUUCGACGAAAUUUACAACGAGAAGAUGAAAGGAUCUUCUUUGAGGAGACGAAUACUAUUUUAAGUUUAUGCUUGAGUUGUUAUGGAAACCCGGUCAUAUUAAUAAUGAUAAUAAUUAAUUUAUAAUAAUAAUAAUAAUAAUAAUAAUAAUAGUAAUAAUGUAUGUAUGCAUAUUGCGCAGUGCAUCUAUGCGCUUUACAUGCAAUUAAUAUCAAUUCAUUUAUUGCAGUGCUAAUGAAUAAUUAACAAUCGCUACUGUAGGUUGCCAAAAUAAUUGCGAUAAUUCGUUUAUUGACCUCCUGACCAAGAUUUACUCUAAAAAUCGAUGAAAUUAUGUGAUAUAGUUUAUUGAUGGAAUAUUGUAUAAAUAUAUCAUCCUGUUAUUUUAGGCCGUCGUUAAGGUGAAUGAUGAGGGCUUCUCUUAUGAGUCCAUGAGGCUAAUUUUCUCUUCGCACAUGGGGACACUAAAUUGUUCACUCAAUAUGGGUUUUUGCACGUAGUUAAACUAUGAUGGAAUAGAUUGUUUAUCAUUUUGUUUUAAUUAACCUAAAAACGAAUUGAUAUAUACACUUAAUUGUAACAAUUAUUUGCGACGCAAAUAUAAUACAAUUAUGAUAUGAUUUUUUUUUUCAUUUCAUUUAUUUAGGCUCGUGCGGAACACGAGUAAUAGUGUCCCCUUAACACAAGUUGAAAAAGUGUUUAUUUGACCAUUUGGCACACUUAUAAAGUGUCCUUGUACGUUCCCUUAAUAGGGAUUACAUUAUAUUUGCUGGAAACGGGUGUCCCCUUAAUGGAGGUGUCCCAGAGGAGGGGUUGUAUUGUAAUGGUAUUGCUGUUAUGGGUUUUGAGUUAGGUGGAAGUUAAACGGUUCAGUUAUAGAUGAUAAAUAAAGGUUUUCUUCAUGAUGA